AAAUGACCCAACUCAUGACUUCAUAUUAAAUGGUCUAUAUAAGUCACGGAAAAAACAGGUGGCUUCAGACAGUGAGCAGAUUGGAUUUGAGCAAAAGAGAAAACUGCCUCUAAAAGGUAAUUGAGUGAGCACUAAUACUGAGUCAGCACAACAAUGUCACAGUCCACCCCCGUGAAAAAGAAGCGCCCUCCAGUGAAGGAGGAAGAUCUUAAAGGAGCGAAAGGAAAACUCUCCAGCAACCAAGAAAUUAAAUCCAAAACCUACCAAGUCAUGAAGCAAUGUGAACAAAUGGGCUCUGUGGCACCUUCUGUAUUCAGUCGAGAUCGGACAGGAGGUGAAACAGUCUUUGAGAAGCCUAAAGAAGAACCACCAAAGAGUGUGUUUGGCUGACAACCAAAUUUAACAUGUAUAACAGAGAUUUACUAAACAGUCCCAAAAUUGAUGUCACUUACACUAAACUUACUGCUACACUUAAUAGUUAACUUAUUUUUUUCAAAUUAGUCAUUAAUUAGAGAGGGGAUUCAUUCUGAAUGGUACAACUUCCUUUUAUAAUUUUUUAUUAUGUAUUUUCUGUCCAUGCUUUAUUUGCUAGAAUCAUUUCAUAAAGUACAUGGUCACUGGACACAGCCUGGCACAGUAAUGAUAAUUUUCUAGCUACUCUUAUUGAUUAGUUUGAAUGUAUUUAAGGUUUUGUUCCACUGUCAUGCUUUAGUUCAAUUGUAGAUAUAAUCUUAAAUGCAAAAAAGUAAAAAUAAAUACUAAAAUUAUGUGGU